CAGAGCUCGGAAAGCUCCCUCCCUCGGGUCAAUCCUCUGUCCUUGUCGAGUGCUCCGCAGUCGCCGUCGUUUCCUCUGGCAUCUAUCUGGCGGCGGCCUUCGACGUUGAACCAUGCAGAGCCUCUUCGGUCGCAGCAGCAGGAACCAGAGGACGUUCAGGCCCAAGAAGAGUGCUCCAGCGAGGGACAAGUGCAUGAAGCUGAAGAGGCACAUCGACGCGACCCUCGGCAGCGGUAACCUACGAGAGGUGGACGUGGAUCCUCUGACUUUGCAAUCCCUGCCAUACCCUGCCUUUGAGUCACUGACAGGUGGGCCCCAUGCUUUGUGGGACCCGUGUGUCAGUGACUCAAAGGUAGGCUUGGCCACGGCAGGGGAUCCUCGUCCGCGAGAGGUGGUCCGCCUGCCUGUCGGAGAGGAUCUCAACGAGUGGCUCGCUGUCAACACUGUCGACUUCUUCAACCAAGUGAGCCUCCUGUAUGGCACCCUCAUGGAGUUCUGCACGCCCGCUACCUGCCCCACCAUGUCAGCCGGUCCAAAGUAUGAGUACAGGUGGGCUGAUGGAGUCAAGAUCAAGAGGCCUAUUGAAGUAUCUGCACCGAAGUAUGUCGAGUACCUGAUGGACUGGAUCGAAUCCCAGCUCGACGAAGAAUCCAUCUUCCCUCAAAAGCUUGGGGCUCCCUUCCCUCCAAACUUCCGGGACGUCGCCAAGACCAUCUUCAAGCGUCUGUUCAGGGUGUAUGCCCACAUAUACCACUCACAUUUCCAGAUGAUUCUCAAGCUCCAGGAAGAAGCGCAUCUCAACACCUGCUUCAAGCACUUUGUGCUCUUCACAACGGAAUUUGAGUUAAUCGAUAGGUCAGAGCUGGCUCCUCUGAGCGAACUGAUCGAGCCCAUAUGGCGUGGACACUAGCUGAGAGAAAUAACUGGCGCUUUCUCCAACAAGAACUGAUGAGGCAACAGUGCAGAGACAUCAUGUUUGUUGCUUGUUUAGCUAGCUUCCCCACCUUGUGCAUGUGCACCUUCAUCUAUAUUUUCGUGAUGAUGUUGGACUUGGAUGCAUUACCUUCAUCUACAUUUUGGAAAUAGGUUAGCUAGUGCUCGCACGCGCAUCAGCGCAGUUUGUUA